ACAUUUCUUUGCAGUCUCAUCCGUGAAGAAACGUGCAGGAUGUAUGUCAAGUGUAUGGUGAUUGAUGGGUUUAAAAGUUACGGGCAGCGGACGGAAAUAAAUGGCUUUGAUCCGCUGUUCAACGCCAUCACAGGACUCAAUGGAUCUGGAAAAUCAAAUAUUUUAGAUGCAAUAUGCUUCUUGUUGGGCAUCACAAAUCUCAGCCAGGUUCGUGCUACAAACUUACAAGAACUCGUUUAUAAAAAUGGACAAGCAGGUGUAACCAAGGCCACAGUCACCGUUACCUUUGACAACACGGAUAAGAAGCAGAGUCCCAUAGGUUACGACCACUACGAUGAAGUCACCAUCACCCGUCAGGUUGUAAUUGGUGGGCGUAAUAAGUACAUGAUAAAUGGUACCACAGUGCAGAAUAGCAGGGUGCAAGAUUUCUUCCGCUCAGUGCAGCUUAAUGUCAACAAUCCCCACUUCCUCAUCAUGCAGGGGCGUAUAACAAAAGUCCUCAACAUGAAACCUCCGGAAAUCCUGGCAAUGAUUGAAGAAGCUGCAGGCACUCGCAUGUAUGAGUCAAAGAAACAGCAAGCUCAGAAGACUAUAGAGAAGAAAGAUGCUAAACUGAAGGAGAUAAAUGAUAUCCUGGAGGAGGAGAUCACACCCACACUGAGUAAGCUGAAGGAGGAACGAACAAUGUAUCUGGAAUACCAGAAAGUGCAGCGGGAACUAGAACACCUGACUAAACUUUAUAUUGCAUACAAGUUUGUAUCAGCUCAGGAGACCAGCGAAAAGGCUCAAGAGGAGCACCAAGGCAUCAAGAAACAAAUUGAUGACCUGCAGCAGCGUAUUAGUAGUGGCACGAGAGAGAUAAGAGAAUUAGAUAAUCAAAUAAUUCAGCUGCAGCAGAUUCGUGAUAAUGAGACGGGAGGUCAAUUACAAGAAUUAGAAAAAAACCUAAAAGAGAAAGAUAAAGCAGAUGUGAAACUCUGUGCCUCUCUGAAAAACUUGAAAGACACUAUAUUGGCAGAAGAGAAGAAGAGAAAACACCUUGAGAAAUCUCUGGCUGAUGAUAUCAAAGCUCUGGAAAGCAAAAGGAAAGAAAGUGAUAAACUGCAAGGAACUUUUGAUAAAAUGCGAGCACAGGACCAAAAAGAUAAUGAUGCCCUGGUUGCUGCAGAGAAGAGGCUACAGGCAAUCAGCUCGGGAAUGUACUCUGCAGGGGAUGGAGAGGAUGCAACCCUACAAGAACAGCUGAUGAAUACUAAAGCCAGUAUCACAGAAGCAAAAACGGCAACAAAACAGGCUGAAAUGAAAUUAAAACAUAGUGAAGAGGAAUUGAAAGAGAAACAAAAAGAAAUGAAGAGAACUGCUGCUGAAUAUGUAAAGGAUAAAUCUCUCCUUGAGAAAAUGGAGAAUGAAGUUAAAGUUCUUCAAGCUCAGUUGGAGAAGCUCGGCUGUGAUGAUAGUAAAUUGGAAGAGCUAGAAGGCGAACAGCGUGUCUUGAGAAAGCAAAUAAUGAACUUACAGGAGAAGGUAGAAGGCCUCGACAACAGAUACCCCAAGUUAUGCUUCAACUAUAGAGACCCUGAAAAGAAUUUUGAUCGUUCAUCAGUAAAGGGACUAGUGUGCAAGCUGCUGAAGUUAAGAGAUCCUUCUACUGCAACUGCUUUGGAAGUCACAGCUGGAGGAAAGUUGUAUAAUGUGAUUGUAGACACAGAAGUUACUAGUAAAAAGUUGCUACAGAAAGGCCAGCUACAAACAAGAGUUACCAUCAUUCCUCUUAACAAGAUCACAGGAAGAUCCAUCGAUGACUACAUAGUGAAGCAAGCUGAAAGUUUGGUGGGCAAGGAGAAUGUUCAAACUGCACUCUCUCUUGUUUGCUACGAACGUGAGUUACACAAGGCUAUGGAGUGGGUGUUUGGCUCCUCCUUCAUAUGUCGGGAUAUGAAUGUAGCCAGACAAGUCACUUUCCAUAAUAACAUUAUGAGAAAGUCAGUCACCCUAGAUGGCGAUGUGUUUGAUCCUGCUGGCACUCUGUCUGGUGGGGCAAGAAGACAAGGUGGCAGUAUUCUAGCUCAGUUAGACUCCUUCCGUGAGUAUGAAGAUGAGCUCUCGGCUAAAACGCAGCGGCUGCAACAUGUUGAACAACAACUGCAGCAUCUUCAGAAAAACGCAGAUAAAUACCUGAAAGCCAAGCAGCAGUACACUCUUCGGUUCCAUGAACUACAGUUGUGUAACCAGAGGAUCCAACAAAGCACCCAUUAUCAACAACAAGAGGAAGUCAAUGCCCUGGAGAACACAAUAAAGGAAUGCGUGGCUACACUCGAACAGUGUAAAAAGGUUCAUGUUGAGGGAGUAGCAAAAGUAAAGGAUAUUGAAAAUAAAAUAAAGAACUCAAAAGCACUGAAAGAAAAUGAGCUGAAGGCAGCUAAUGUAGAACUGGAGAGAUGCAAAAAGGUAGCAGAAGAGACAAGAAUUAAAUGGAACCUUAAAAAGCAGGAAGAAGAAAGUUUAAAGCUGGAAGUUUGUGAACUGGAAGGAAGCAUUGAGACAACCAAGGCUCAGAUUGCUACAUCUAUUGAAGUGUUUGAGCAGUACCAGGUACAGAUGAAGACUCUGGAAGAGGAAGUUGCUAAGGGAAAGGAUGAGGUGACUGCAGCUCAGGCAGCCGUAAAGAAACAGAAGGAGAUGAUAAGUACACAGAACAAGGAAAUUAAUGCUAUGUCUGCACGUAAGGAACAGAUCACCAAGAGCAGCGACGAAGCCCAGUUAGAAAUCAAACAGCUUGAUCAUAAACUUUCAAAACUCAAAUCAGAAGCAAAGGAUGCUGAAAAUAAGGUUGCUCAAAUGCUAUCAGAGCAUGAAUGGAUAUCAGAGGAUCGUAAAUUCUUUGGUCAGCCCAACACUGGUUAUGAUUUUGCUGCAAAUGAUCCUGUGGAAGCUGGACGCAAGAUCUCCAAGCUGGAAGAGCUCAAAGCCAAACUAUCCAAAAAUGUUAACAUGCGAGCCAUGAACAUGUUGGGAAAAGCUGAAGAACAGUAUAAUGACUUAAUGAGAAAAAAACGAAUUGUGGAGAAUGACAAAGCAAAGAUUGAGAAGGUAAUACGUGAAUUGGACGAGAAGAAGAAGGAAGCACUAAGACAGGCCUGGGAGCAGGUUAAUCGUGAUUUUGGUUCAAUCUUCAGCGAUGCUCUUCCUGGGACCCAGGCCAAGCUCCAGCCUCAAGAUGGGCAAGAUGUUCUUGAUGGCUUAGAGGUCAAAGUGGCAUUUGGCUGAUGUAUGGAAGGAAAGCUAAACAGAAUUAAGUGGUGGUCAGCGGUCCCUGGUUGCUCUCUCACUCAUCUUGGCUCUUCUGCUCUUCAAACCAGCUCCUAUUUACAUCCUGGAUGAAGUAGAUGCUGCCUUGGAUCUCUCACAUACGCAGAACAUUGGUAACAUGUUGCGAACACACUUCAGACACUCGCAGUUCAUCGUUGUGUCACUGAAGGAUGGAAUGUUCAACAAUGCCAAUGUGUUAUUCAAGACUAAGUUCGUAGAUGGCAUGUCCACAGUGUCUCGUCACACACAACACACACUUACUGGCUUCACUAAAAAGAAAUAGAAGGGUAACUAGCCCAAAACAUUUAACCAUAUUACUUGUACAGUUUUAAUUUAGUUCACAAAUCAUAAGCACACUCCAUAUAUUUAGUAAUAAUUUUAAUAAAUUUGUAAAAAAAAAAAAAAGGAAAGUUAUUAAAUAUGUUAGAAUAAUAUUUUUACGUUUUUUUAUAAAUUAUGAGUAUGUAUAGUAUUGCAUGUAUCAUUUAUAUCAUAUAUUUUACCAGAAAUUUUUAAAUAACAUGUUAGUUUUUGUAUUUUUCUUGCCAAUAAUAUGAAAAUUACUUAUAGCAUAUAUUUACUGAAGUCUUGAGAUAUUAUAUAGGACUCAUGAAAUCUUAAUGACACGAUUGCAAACAAGCCAUACCAUGGGCGGGAAUAGAACCCGCAUCAAUCUGGAGUUUUAUGAUGCUCUGAUCUUGGGUUCUAUCCCCACCCAUGGUAUGGUUUAUAUUAUAUAGGAAUAGAGCUAUUAAUGUAAAAAUUAUAAUU